AUGGCCGCGGCAAUGUUCCUGAACGUGGCGCCGGGGGCGGAUGCUCCCGAAGAUGCAAUGCAGCGCUCGCGCGAUGCUUGGGCCGAGCUUCUGAUGCUGCCCAAGUGUGUCCUAGCAGCGGCCACGAGGUCCGGCAAGAAGCACAAACAUGUGCUGGAUCGCCUCAUCAGAUCCCGUUUGCAGCAGUGGGCAGAUGGUGACCGCUUAGAGUUGUGGCGCGCCCGCACUGAGGCUAAGGCACAGCAGGCCACGACCGCUUCGGAGGAGCAGAGGAGGCGCCGCGCCAUCGCCUUGGCCGAGGAAGGCCUCGACGGGCAGGCGUGCAAGGCUUUGCUUUCCAAGGGCAUGGCUGACACGAGCCUUAAUACGCUGAGGGCUCUGAAGAGGAAGCACCCUGAAGAAUCGGAGGCGCGUGAUCUCAGACCUCUGCAAGGUGUGAGCGGACCACAGGAGGACUUCUUAGAUAAGGAGGUUCUGGCCGCCCUGAGAAGCUUCCCGAAGUGCUCAGCCAGUGGGCCUUCUGGAUUGAAGGCGCAGCACCUUCUUGAUGCCGUCGGCAGGCACAUGCCAGGCUUGGAGGCUUGGGCUCGGUGGUGUUGCGGUGGCCCAUCGGACCUGCUGUUUGGCAGCCACGUGCUGACGUCCAGCAGGGGAGUCCAGCAGGGCGACGCCCUUGGACCUCUCCUGUUCUCGGUGGCUGUUCAUCCUCUCUUGCAGGAGCUGAAGACCGAUGCUGGGUUGGACAUAGUAUGCGGCUACCUCGGCGACUUUUGCGUGGCGGGCGAGUUCGGCGCGACGCUGCGGGCGCUGCGGCUGAUUCAGCGGAAAGCAGCAAGCCUGGGCCUUGAGCUGAACUUGGACAAAUGCGAGUGCAACCUGUCCGAGUUCCCCGCAAGUGUCCAGCGGAGAAUCGACGGUUGCUUCAAAUUGCUCGGCGCCCCUGUCGGUGGCACGGCGCUAAACGAGAGCCAGCGGCAGCAGGCGCCCCUGCCCUUGAGCAAGGGAGGACUGGGAUUUCGGUCUGGAAGUUACCACGCUGCCGCGGUUUACCUUUCCUCCCGCGCGGCGACGCGACACCUAUGCGGUCAGAUCGACGCUGCCUUCUCGCGGGGCGGGGCCUGUGAUGGCGGCGCCCUGACAGCAGCAGCCGACCUCUAUAAUGGGGGCGCCUUGCAGGAGCACCGCAUCACGAGCGAGCAUUUGGCUGCCGAGGACUCCGCCCCCAGCCAGCGGUCUUUGUCAAUGCGCGUGGGCGAAAGACUCCUGGACCAGCUGAUCGCGGCAAGCCCAGUCGCGCACAAGGCGAGGCUCCUUGCGACCAGCGCGCCGCACGCGAGCGCAUGGCUGCAGGCCCAGCCGUGUAGCGCCCGCGGGCAGCGCAUGUCCCACUUCGAGUUUGUGGCGGCUUUGCGCUUGUGGCUGGGGUGCCAUGCCUCUAGCAGGGACGACUGGCGCCCGAAGUGCGACCAGGUGAUGGACGCGCAGGGCCUGCACUCCCUCAGUUGCAUGGCGGGUGGUGACGCGGUCAAGGUACACAACGCCUUGCGCGAUCAGGUCCACUCCUUUGCGCACGCAGCGGGCCUCCGUGCCGAAAAGGAGGAGAGCGGGCUGCUGCCAGACGACCCCCGCCGGCGGCCCAGGGACACCCAUUUCCCGACCUGGCCGCUCGGCCCGCCCGUAGCUCUCGAGUUUGCUGUCACGCCGCCUCUCAGACAGUCAGCGGUGCAAGGGGCAGCCGCCAGACAGCUUAGCGCGGCCACGUCAUACGAAGGGGCGAAGCUUGCAGACAGAGAUACUGGCGCGCGCUGUGAGCAACUGGGCAUCCGCCUAGUCCCCAUGGUCGUGGAAUCCUUCGGCGGGUGGGGCGAGAUGGCGCAAGACGUGUUCCGGACCCUGAUUCAUGCCCGUGCAGCGCGCAGUGGCGAGACGGUGAGCAAUGUCACCACUUACUUAUAUUCUGGCCUUAGCAUCACUCUGAUGCGUGCGAACGCACGCGCUUUGCUGGCCAGGAUCCCUCAGGAAGCCGGCGUCCAUGCUGACCACGUCGGCCGCGCGGCGACCUUGCUGCAGGCGGGGCGCCAAGACGAGGCCGAUGCCCAGAUAGUAUGA